AACAUAAUUAAUAACAUAAUAAAAGAUAAUGGAAUACCCAAACGGAUAAUGUUUCAGGAAAAUGAUCGCUCCUGCAGAUUAUCAGACAGAAUAAAAACUUCUUCACCCAGAAUUAAUAGUAUAAAAUAUAUAUCGAAGAUGAACAAGGAUUGAGAAGAAAGGAAGGUCAUUAUUUGAAAAAAUCGUCAGCAUCUUUUUCGCGAUCACGAAAUAAAUAGUCCGACGAAAUUUCAACAACUAUAAGACAUAUUAACAUAAUCGACAGCCAAAUUAAUUUUGACAAUCAGAAAAACAACGACCCGUCUCAAGAUUUAUCAAACAGAAAUAUAAUAUCAGAAUCACAAAUAUCUAUUAAUUCGAAUGAGGGAGAUAAAACAUAUAUAGGCACAUCGAAAAAGGAUAUCCAAAUCAAUAAUAAAACUUCUAACAAAGAUUUUAAUAAGAAUUCAAAUUUAACAAAAAAUUCACAAUUGUCGCAAAAUAAAACUUGGAAGAAAAAGGAUGUAUUGGAGGGUCCAAGUUGGCUGUUUAUAACAUCAUGCCAUCAUUGGAUAGUAAUAUAGAAGAGAGAUCAAAUUUAAACGAAUCUAUAAACAAUACGCCAGCAUCGGAAAAAGAUAUAGCACAUGUUACUGAUCAUACCGAGUAUAAAUCUUAUCUGCAUGAAAAUACAGAUGGUAAUUUCUGCGAGACACUUCCGACGGCGUCUGUAUGCAACUAUGAGAAAAGUUUAGAUAAUGCAGACGACAAUAUAAUGAAAUUCACGAACUUUGUGACAAUGAAACGAGGACAUUCCAAAGCAUUGGAAGAGAUAGAAAAUUUCACAUUGUUGUUGCAUCAAUCAGCAAAAAACAGAGAAUUCGACAUCGACGAAUUGCGACUGCCCGUUUUGGGGGACUCUGCGAUAAAUGAGUCUUCUACUAAUAACAAAAUCGAUUCCGAAGUAACUGUCACGAUAUCAAGGAUUACGAAUAUUUCAAUAGCGUCAGUAUUGAAUCGUAAUUUAAACGAAUCUGAAUAUGAUCGUAUCAUGAAGCUGCCAUUAUUCAUUAAUGAUCACAAACGAAUAUCAGAAGCGAAUCAGAUUAAAAAAUCGGAAAACAGUUUAGAUCCGAGCUCAGCAAAAGUAGUAUUCAUGAAUGAAUCAAGUAAAUUCAUGAAUGAAUCUCAUCUUAAGACAAGAGUGUUACCAGCUAAUGGUACUCAAAGCGCUAACAGUCUUAGAAAAGAGUCCACAUCUGAGGAAAAAAGUCUACGAGAUUCAGAAAACGAUAUUUAUACUUCAGGUCGCCCGAGACGAAGAAAGGCACCAGUAAAUUUGAAAGAACCUAGCUUGAAUACAAAAUUGAGACGAAACGAGUAAAAAGAGCAGAUAAGUAUGAUUAAGAUACGAUGAAAAAAUUAUGAGUAUUAUUAGUGAAUUUGUAUCUGGAAUCAAAUAUUCGAAUUUUUUAGCACUCGUUCCAAAAUACCUAGAUAGAAUCGAUUAUUUUGCAAGUACCAGUAUGUGAAAGUACAAAUGAAUGAAAUAUGAAAUAUAUGAUAUGAAUAUU